GUAUAGGCGGGGGCGAGCCCCUUUGCCCGUGAUAUUAGUAUGUGGUUUUCCGCUAUUCCAGUCCCUAAAAACAACUCGCUGGUUUCGCGUCUCGUUUGUCUCUUCUUCGGCGUUUGCAAACAGCGGACGGCAACUUAACGCUUUUAUACUGAAAAAGGCUGAAGUCAUUCAGAAUGUCUCGUCGAAAGCAGGCGAAGCCCAGAUCUCUGAAAGGUCAUGAUGGCAGAAUACAUGUUCUGGAUGACAGGAAGUGUGGAGGGAAAAAACGGUGCCACUGUGAGAAAAGAAAAGAAACAGAUGAGGAAAAGAAAAGACAUGAGCAAGAGGAAGAUGAAGCAAAGCCUAAUGAUCACACCUCCGCUGACCAUGAAGAUGGACGUGACCUUGGAUUUAAAGUGGCAGAUCCGCCUAAAUUCACCAGAGGAGAGACAUUUAAGGAUCAUCAGAUUCUUAGUAAGCGUGAGAGGGUCAACACCGUUUUGAAAAUAUCCAAAUCACAUAUCAGCACUGAAACUUCUGUAAAAAGCAAACAGCUUUUCAGUGAUCAAUAUGAGCAGAUCAGUGUAAUGUCCUCUCAUCGCCUCACAGGUUUAGAUGAUCUACAGAACAACAUGGGGAACUUUGAGGACAAGCAAACUCAAAAUUGUGCUUGUGAAGAUAACAGUUUAUCAGCCCUCUCACCAGCAUGCACCUGUGCUUCGUAUGCCACCCCAACUUCCAGCUUCUCCAGUCCAGCCACUCCAACAAAUGCAGAAUUGACGUUUCAACCAAUAGCACCAUGUGGAGAGAAAAGAAAGCCAGCACUUGUGUCAAACAAGGCUUACGGAAUCCAAUCUUCUAAAAAGCUCAAGUUUUUUAAUAACUGUGUUGAUCUUCACAACCACAUAGACCCCAAGGCAAGCCAACAGUACAUGGACAAGAAGAUUUUAAAUUUUCCAUCUGAACCAAAGGAACACAAAAAAGAGGGAAAUGUCAUAUUGGGUCACUCUGUGUUGCUUGAAGCGGCAAUCACCGCAGCAGUUCAGACAGUCCUUCAGUGUAGCUUCUGUCCCACAUCUUUAAAAGAUCUGAAGGAACUACAGGAACAUGUUCGGCAGUCACACAACUCGGCUGUAAUCGAGAGCAAUGUCUUCUUCUGCUCACACUGCCUCCGAGGGUUCCUGACGAAGGAAACACUAGAUAAUCAUGUGCAACAGACUCACUGUAAGAACCAGAGCCGGGCACCUGAUCCGGACCUUCUAGAAGACACAACAGAAGGAAGGGCUUUGCUCUUCUGUCCCCACUGCACACAUUUACCUACAUUUGGCAGUAAGCUCAAAUUGAUGCAGCAUAUCAAAAAGAUGCACAAGAUGGAUCUUCGGGAGGAGAGGAGUACACUGGGUUUGACUUCCCCCAAGUUAAUCAAGAGUCCAGCCGAAAAAACUGGCCAACCCUCGACCGAUUUUAUCUGUGACUAUUGUGGGGCUAAAUACACAAGUCUGGAACUGUUUCAGACUCACUUGAGCUCUCACUUCAAAGGCUUACUUCCCAAGCACACUUGCUCAGAGUGCUUCGAAGAGUUCCCAAAUCAGGAAUUUUUGGACGAGCAUACAAUUUCUCAUUUUAGUCAUACAUCUACUCUUUACACAUGUGAGAGCUGUAGUAAGUCCUUUAUCAGUGUCAAAGACCUACACGGGCACCUACUUGAGAUGCACACCCUCAUGCUUUACCGCUGUUCCAUCUGCCAGCAGGCAUUUAGCUCUAAGGUGUCGAUUCAAAUUCACCUGGCCUCCAAACACAGCAACAAGAGAACAACGUUCCACUGUACGUCAUGCGAAUGGGACUUCAAGCACGAGCGUGACUUGCACCUACACGUUCAACAGAAACAUCUAGACAAACAAUGCAAGGUAUACUGCUGCAUCUUCUGUACGGAGACCUUCAACACCGACAUUGAGCUGCAGUGUCAUAUCACCACACAUAGCGACAAAUGCGAUCCCUGCGUUUGUACCAAGACCAGCUCUCCCCUCGAGGUGCCCUUACACGAGAAACUCCGUGCCAAGAGCCGGAGCACCGAAGGUAGCAACGUGACCCCUCCACCUGUCUCCAAACCAGUUGCCAAGGACAGCAUUGGAACGCUGCCAGCGGAUAAUGAAAUAAGAGAUGGUACGGCGGAAUUGCUUUUCAGCACUGAAAGCAAAGGGAAGGUGAAUAUGAACGAUCCGAUGUUCGCCUGCGAAAUCUGCGGCGCCUCGUACACCAUGCAGAGCCUGCUGGCUAACCACCAGCUGCGAGAUCACCACAUCCAGCCAGGGGAGAGCGGCACUGUCAAACGCAAAGUGGAGGCCAUCCAAGGGAGCCACAAAUGCAAAGACUGUUCCAAGACCUUCUUCACAGAGAUGGCACUGUGGGAGCACGUCCAGACUCAUCUAGGCCCCACCAAGCACUGCCAAUGCCCCAUAUGUGGAGAGCGUUUCCCUUCAUUGCUAACUCUGACUGAACACAAGGUCACCCACAGCAGGAGCCUGGACACAGGCAACUGCCGCAUCUGCAAGCUUCCUCUUCACAGUGAGGAAGACUUCCUGGAACACUGUCAGAGGCACCCCGACCUGCACAACUCGCUGACGGGCUUCCGCUGCGUAGUGUGCAUGCAGACUGUCACCUCCACUAUUGAGCUGAAAAUUCACGGAACCUUCCACAUGCAGAAGGUGCAGGGGGACGGUAUGACCAACGGAUGCGCAGAACCCUUCGACCCCAAUCCUGACCUCAAAAUCUCCUUGAGUGGUGCUCGGCGGGAAACGUUGAGUAUGAAUGCGAGUAUGUUUGAACACAGAUUUAGAGAGAGUAAGACUAAUGUUUCUUUGGUGAACUGCUGUUCGGCAACGGCUCUCAUUCCAGAGGAGAGAACUAAUAAGAAUGCUCUAACCCAGACCACAACAGUUUGAGUGGUUGUUUGGACUACAAAAUAUACUCUAAUUUGUUUGUUUGUAUUCAAGCCAAACAAGUGUUUAGGGCUGUCACCAUAUACAAUUUUUUUAAUACACGAUUACCCUGUGCAAAUUAAUUUGCGUUUACAAUAUAAUCACGGUAUCUAGUGAACCAUUUUGAAGAAUGCCAUCGGUCAAUUCAUCUUUAAUUUUGUUAUUUUGUCUUUUUGGGCCAUAAAUCAGACUCAAUAUACAAGUGGAGGGAGGCAAAAAGAGUUUUACUAUCAGAUUAUUAACACAGUAUCAAUAUUCAUGUUUUAAAUAUGGGUUUUUGUCAAUACCUUUAUAUUGUGACACUCAUAUAUGUGUGAAGAAAAAUGGAGAGUGUUUCACUGUUAGAGUUUUUGGAAACAUUUAGCAAAGAUUAAUUCUCCCAAGUGCGAGGCUAAUCUUCAUUGGAUAGUUGUGAGGUUCUUCAAGAGAGAUUUACUGCCAGAUCCUCUCUCUUCGUAACGUUUUGAGAUAAAUCCUUGCGUUAAGAAAUGGAAGUGGAUCUGUGGUGGAUCUUGGCUAUCCAGACAGUAAUGAGUUGUUGCUGAUGACUGGAGCUGAAGAUGCACAGAGGGGCAGGAAAGAGGAUGAAAUGUGGGCAGAGGGACUUGAUGUUCUGAGGGAGAGAGUCAUUAGCAAGGCUCUAUCUAAUUGAAAUCUGAGCACCACUCUUGGUAAACUUUAUGGAUUAGAUGUGGGGCUUUUGGGCAAUGACAUCUAAUAAUCACAUUUUAUUGUAAUGUAUUUAUUGAGCAUUUUUAUAACAUAUUUGUAGUCAAAUGCUUUCAUUUUAUUUUCCUAUAUUUGUGUCUUGCUAUGUAUUGUAUCACUGUAUUUGUUCUACUGUAUAGAAGUAAAUUGUCCUUAUGAGUAAAUGGGCAUGCAUGUGUUGUAUUUUUCAGAUCUUUAUUAUAGAUGAAAAGCCUGUGGUAUGUCUGUAUACAUUACUGUAGAAACUGGAUAAAUCUGGAUCAACGCAGUUCAAUAUUAGUGCGAUUGAGUCACUGUGUGUAUAUUCUUGUUUUCAUUAAAACAGUUAAAAUUCA